CAAUGUCGGACUACUUCAUUCGCUGCGUUCCUGUAGUAACCGCGUGCCUGGAUCUUAGCUAACAGUUCUCUCUCUCUCUCUCUCUCUCUCUCUCUCUCUCCGUUUCUCUCAAGCGACUCCACACUCUCGAGAGCCAGCCCCAUGGGACAUGCUUCUUGGACGGACGGCGUUCACACGUACUAGCGGUACUACAUAGUACUGUAGGCACGUGCGACAUCAAAUGCGGGUUCAUGCUCCACAGAUCGACCAUUAAUCGGGGCUCCGAAAUCGUCCCCAAGGAGCAAGAGAUCAUCAUCAUCAUCUCUGCCCACAUGGUCACCAUGCGCAGAGCGUCCAUCAUUUCCUCGCCUUCUCCUCCUCCAUUUCAGCCUACCAACAGGUUUCAGACAAUGUGACGGUCCCCCUGCUUGUUCCUCCCUAUGAACUUCUGGGCGGCCUCGCGACAAUGGAUUCAUUUUGAGAGCGCGUGUCAUGUCGGACACGAGACUCCAGUACACUCCAAAAGGUCCCAGAGGAUCCAAAGACCACAGUAGCAACGGCAGGCAAUGUUGGGCGUCAUUGGCACGCCCUCUUCGCUAUCACGUGAGAAGCCGUAGGGGGGGUCACUUCACGUCGCAGGUCCCAAGCGAAGACCAGAGGAUCCCGAAGAUUGUCGCGAAUCAGCCCUCAGAGCCGAGCGUGCCG